AUGUCCGGUAUCACUCAAGGCGUUAAAGACUUCCUCAAGGGAUCUUCCAAGGCAGACACCACCGAAGUGUGCACUGAGACCGCCCCUGAAGUCGUUCAGGAGCACGUCCGACCUCAGGAGCACGUCGAAGUUGCCGAGGCUGUCGACCGAGAGAAGCACAUUCACCACCACCAGCACCGAGUCCAGCCCGUUGAGGACCACCAGACCCUUCCUACCAAGCACGUCGAGGAGCGAGCCCCCGUCGUCACUCGAGAGCACAAGGAAGACAUGCUCCCUGAGCACCAGCAAAAGUUGGAGGAGCAACGCCACAUGUACCAGAACCAACAGACCACCGGAGAGGUCGAGCGAGAUGAGGCUCACCUUGGAACUCACGUCAACCAACACGAGCACCACCACAUCCACGAGACCAUUCAACCUGUCAUCCAACGAGAGACCAUCCAACCCACUGUGGUCCACCACACCAAUGCUGUUCACGAGGUUGUUCACGAUGCGCCUAUCGUCCACGAGGCUACUACACUCCCUACCAUGAGCCAUGAGGACUUCCUCAAGCAGAAGGGAAACCUCAAAGCCGAACACCACGGUGAGGGUGAACACAAGCACCAGCUCUGUGAGUGA